AAUGGAAUUUAGAGGUGGUAUUAUAUUCAUCUGCAAAAUGAGAUGACACCGGUGAUACACUGUGACUAACCAACAACGGUUCGUGAAAUGGAAAACCAAUAACCGGCAUAUAAGAAAUCCUUCAAAAUAGUUAUGAAAGGCUGCAUAGCAGAACAGUGCUCAUCAAGUAACUUUAAACCAUUUCAUCAUGAACCGAUUUUAUUCGUAGUGUCACAGUGGCAAUUCAACAAACAACAACCAGGCCUAAUCUACCUGAUCUAUCGAACUGCUGUGGUUGUGUUCCUUCUGACAACAUGGGGUAUGUCCUUCGUCUUCGAUGUAUCCUACUGGCCAAUUUUCCUUACAAAUUGGGGCUACACCUUAGCUACGCUGCAGGCUACAUUUGGAUUUGUUCUUAGCUGUGCCACAGUAUUAUCAAAAGCUUUCUCUGCUAGGAACAUUCAUGACAUCUUCUUGAGGCUGUAUCCAGUUUACUGGGUAUUACACCAGAUGGCGGUGCCCAUUAGCUUUAUGAUCACCAUCAUAUUUUGGUCACUAUUAUAUGAAAGUAUGUAUUUCUCAGCUAUGAACUUCUUUGUCCAUGGUAGUAAUUCGAUUAUAUUAUUCAUAGAUCUGUGGAUUAUUGGUCAUCCUAUUCGCAUACUCCAUUUUGUCUAUCCAUUAAUUUUUGGAAUUUGUUAUGUAAUAUUCAGCGUUGCUUAUUAUUUCCAUGACAUCAACAGAGGAGGUCCAGGAUACUUAUAUUUUAUGCUGGACUGGGGCAAACCAUAUCAAACUACUCUAGUAGUGUUGGGGAUAGGGCUUUUGAUAAUAGUUUUACAUCUUUUUUCAUUCCUUAUCCACACACUUAAACUGUUAUUGCAUAACAAAAUAUAUCCCAAAAACCAAUCCGCUAGCAACGGCACCCAUAAUACAGAACAAUUCGCUGUUUAAAAACGAAGAUAUGCUCAAGAAGACCAGAUUUUUACAGUUUAGUUGUAAAAUAUUACUACCAUAUUGAAUUACUAGUCACAAUUUAUAGAAAAUUUUUUUAUUUAUUUAUUAUGUAUUAUAGUAGAUAUAUUUUAAAAAAAUAAUUGUUAUAUAGUACGUAAAUUAAUAUCAAUAAAAUUAACUUCAGGUAUGUAGCUUUCAGAA